AUGACGGCGAACCAUUUCCUGAGGUCGUGCCUGGAGAAGUGGAGCAAACUGGCCAGAAACACCACCUCUCCUCCUUCCUCAGCCUGCGAGAGGUGCUCUCUCCAGUGGGUGUUUCGGCCGUCCGCGUAUCGCGAAGACGACAAUGGCUUCAUUCCCAGGGACGUCCCGAAGGGUCACUUGGUCGUCUACGUCGGAGACAAUCACAAGCGGUACGUGAUCAAGGUCAAAGUCUUGGCUCACCCGCUCUUCAGAGCGCUCUUGGAUCAAGCUAAAGAAGAGUACGACUACAGUGCUGAUUCCAAGCUCUGCAUCCCCUGCGACGAGAAGAUGUUCAUGGAUGUCGUUCGCUGCGCAGCAUCUCCUCAUGAGUGUCGGAUUUGCGGUCUCUGUUUCUGACGGUGGCGACAGCGGUGACGAAGAGAUUUUUGAGAAAUUCGAUUGAUUCGUGUAGCUGCCAUAUAUAAAUGUUGUACACUAUGUAGAAUAC